AGAAGGUGGAGCGUGCCUCGGGCGCCCACGGCGCAGGCGCGGGUGGGCGGGACGGGAUCCGGGGGCGUGCGCAGUCUGAGCCCUCCCAGCAGCCCUCAGCGCAAGAUGGCGCCGCGGGCAUCUCUGCCCCUUCCUCUCUGAGGGAGUGCUAAGUGUGUCCGCCGCCGUGUUCCAGGUAACUGGGCAAGCCGGGCCAGGGAAUGCAGACGUGUCGUCGCCCCUCGGCCGGCUCGAGCCCUCGGUCUUCUCUGCGUCAUUUGAAGGGCUGAGACCCAGGAGGGGUUCCAGCUCCGCGUUACUCCGCGACAAAGCUAGAGGCCGAGCCCCGGCGGGUGCGAUGGCCGCGGUGGUGGCCAAGCGGGAAGGGCCGCCGUUCAUCAGUGAGGCAGCCGUGCGGGGCAACGCCGCCGUCCUGGAUUACUGCCGGACCUCAGUGUCAGCGCUGUCGGGGGCCACGGCCGGCAUCCUCGGCCUCACCGGCCUCUACGGUUUCAUCUUCUACCUGCUUGCCUCCAUCCUGCUUUCCCUGCUCCUGAUUCUCAAGGCGGGAAGGAGGUGGAACAAAUAUUUCAAAUCACGAAGACCUCUCUUUACAGGAGGCCUCAUCGGAGGCCUCUUCACCUACGUCCUGUUCUGGACAUUCCUCUAUGGCAUGGUGCACGUCUACUGAAAUGGGGGCAGGGGUGACUUUUUUAAAAAACCGGAUCGGGAGGACUGUUGCCAGAAAUUAACACCGUGUAGACUUACUGAGUUUUUAAAUUGUCGAAUUCGCUGCUUGUUCUGUAACGUUAUAAAUAAUUUAUAUCUGAAGACGGAGAACCUGUAAUAUCCUUCAGAUUAAAUGAAGCGUGAGACACUU